GUCUGGCCGCCGGCGCCUGCUCUGCAUGCCAUAUGGCAAGUCGGCACUGCAUUCCGCAUGAUCCGUGCAGUGACUGUGCAGCAGUGGAACUUGAAGUUGGAACUUGGAAGUUGGAAGUCGAAGAGCAGCAUUGCGUCCUGUCGUGAACCGUGAGUUGAAGUCCACCUUCUUGAGCGACGAUACUCUUCUUCGACUCACAAAGGGGAAUGCUGUGUGUGAGGGCUGCAGAGCCGGCGUGCUCCCCCCUACGACUCCAAAUAGUUUACGACGGCAACACUUUCAAGCACCAUCCCUUUCUUUGGCGCACCACUCGAAAUCACUAUCAAAACGCCACAAGCAGAGCUCCUGUACGCGCAGUUGAACCAGCAACCCUUUUCGCGGGGCCGCAUUGUCCUGUGCUUGGCCAGUCCUUUUGCAAUAGCGUGAGAAAUUUUCCACGGCCCCGCCGUCUUGUCCGCAUAGCGACACCAUUGCCGCCAGCUGUCGUUUGCACGGGUGCCCACAUGGCGAGCGGAGGGCAAGCAGCAGGUGCACUGCAAGAGGCGCGCGAGCUGGUUUCGGACCUGUGCCGGCAUUUCUACACCCUGGGAUGGGUGUCCGGAACAGGGGGCAGCAUUAGUCUCCGGAUCGGCCUCCCGUCUGAUCCUCCUGAGUCACGCCUCAUUGUGAUGGCCCCGUCAGGUGUCCAGAAGGAGCGGAUGCAACCGGAGGACAUGUACGUGCUCACCGCUGACGGCAGCCCCCUCGAGGUGCCGCUGCAGAAGCCGUACCCCGCCAAGAAAGUCAAGUGCAGCGACUGCCACCCGCUCUUUCUGGAGGCUUUCACAUCCCGCGGCGCGGGCGCGUGCAUCCACAGCCACGGCAUGGAGAGCGCGCUGGUCACGAUGAUCCAUCCCGGGGCAACGGAGUUCCGCAUCACGCACAUGGAGAUGAUCAAGGGCAUCAACGGGCACGGCUACCGCGACACGCUCGUGGUGCCAAUCAUCGAGAACACGCCCAGCGAGGGGGAGCUCACGGCGUCGCUGAAAGAGGCGAUUGCCAAGUACCCCAAGACGACGGCGGUGCUCGUGCGGAACCACGGGGUGUACAUCUGGGGGGAUAACUGGGUCAACGCCAAGACGCAGGCGGAGUGCUACCACUACUUGUUCGAUGCAGCUGUCCGGUUGCAUCAAUUGGGUCUCGAUCCGGCCGACCCCUCUCACCGGCCUGUUGCAGCGCACGCCGGAGCGGCCAAUGGCAUCCCCAGCAGUGAAGGCAGGAAGAGGCGGAGGACGGAGGGGGGCAAAGCGUACCCGGCCGUGAUCGUGUUGGACAUCGAGGGCACGACGACGCCCAUCUCAUUCGUUGCGGACGUUUUGUUCCCGUAUGCCAAGCAGCACGUGGGCGCGCACCUGCGGGACACGUACGACACGCCCGAGACGCAGGACGACAUCCGGGCACUCCGGCAGCAGGUGGAGGCUGACCUGGCGGCGGGUGUGGCGGGGGCUGUGCCGGUCCCCCCCGAGACGAGCGGCCGGGAUGCGGUGGUGGCGGCGCUGGAGAAGAACGUGCUGGCGGCCAUCGCGGCGGACCGAAAGAUCACCGCGCUAAAGCAGUUGCAGGGUCACAUCUGGCGGGGGGGCUACGAGAAGGGCGAGCUGCGGGGCGCUGUGUUUGAGGAUGUGCCCACCGCCCUUGCCGACUGGACCGAGGCAGGCUCCAAGGUGUACAUUUACUCGAGCGGCAGCCGCGAGGCGCAGCGUCUCAUUUUCGGUUUCUCCACCGCGGGCGAUCUGCGGCCCUUCCUCAGCGGCUACUUCGAUACCACCACCGGUCCGAAGCGUGAGGCUCGGAGCUACUCGGAGAUUGCGUUGUCGGUCGGGGUUGACUCCCCUGCGGACAUCACGUUUGCCACCGACAUUCUGCAAGAAGCGCAGGCGGCCCGACAAGCAGGCUUGAACGCCGUGCUGCUGGAGCGACCGGGCAAUGGGGCUCUCCCGUCGGAACACGGUUUCCGGGUUGUCAAAUCAUUGUUGGAAAUCUAGGUGAAGACAUAAGAAUUGAUGGAAGAAGAAUACCGUAUUGCUUAGUCGUUGUCUUUACCCAACUAAAAGUUUCUGAUCGAUGGUUUUGCGGCUUUAGUCAGUUGAGAUAGAUGAGGCCUGCAUACCACGCCAAAUGUGAGUCCAGGUCAAGGCCGUCUUCUGGCCGAACACGGUGUCUGUGCGAAAAACAACGAAGCAGGCCGAGCUGACAUGCAAGAGUUCCAUGUGUAGGAUUCACAUGUAGAAACGAUAGUCGUCGCACCUGUACACGGAACACAAAUGUGCGCAGAUGAAAGCAACGUCCCAAGGAUCCUUUAGUUCGGGGGUUCUUUGCAUGUGCAAUCGUAACGCAAGAUCUGCAGAUUUGACUAG